AUGGGGGCAGAAGAAUUCAGGGCAUCAGCUGAAGAUGAUCCUGAAAGAGCUAAGUUCUGGUUGGAGAACACUAUUCGGCUAAGCAAAUAUGCUCAAGAAUGGGUUCAAACAGAAGCUGAAAUGUGCAAAAGAUUUGAAGAGGGUUCGAAUGAAGACAUCAAGUUGUUAAUUGGAAUUCUUGAGCUAAGAGAAUUUGCCGUACUAGCUGAAAGAGCAUAUAAAGCAGAAGAAUUGAGUAAAGAAAAGAAACAGAUAGAAAGGGAAGCUCGGGUUCUUAGUAAAAGACCUAUGGGAAAAUCACAGCUUUCUAUUUCAAAGAAAUCAAAGAAGUAUCAAGACCGUUCUUCUUCAGCUACGGGGUAUUUUGGCAGGGAACGAGGCUCCCAACGUUCUAACCUGAAAUCUCUUACCCAUUCAGUGACAAGUGUAGGGAGUGUUGGUAAUCCCAAACCGCGAUGUAAGUAUUGUAACAAAGCUCAUUUUGGGGAAUGUCGACUGAGAAGUGGAGCCUGUUAUAGAUGCGGUUCCCUUGGUCAUUUCCUCAGAGAAUGUCCAGAAAGGGUUGAAAAAGAUACUGAUCAAACUCUGAAGCUGAGUAAUUUUGUUUCAAGAGGUAGACCACUUCCACCUUCUAGAAAUAUCAGUGGUAGCUGGGGAGCUACAAAAGAUUCAGCAGCUAAAUCUGAAGCUAGAGCACUAGUGAGAACAUAUGCCAUCCGUGCCAGAGAAGAUGCUUCAGCAUUAAAUGUCAUCACUGAUACAUUUUCUUUACUUGAUACUGAGAUUACUGCUUUGAUUGACCCUUGUUCUACACAUUCAUAUAUAUGCACAAAGCUUGUAUUUGUUAAAAACUUACCUGAUGAAUUCACUGAAUUGGUGGUUAAAGUCUCAAACCCCUUGGGUCAGUGUGUUAAGACAGAGAGGUUAUCUAAUGUGAUUUUAGUCAUGAAAGCUCAGAGGUAUACUAGAAAGGGAUGUAAUGCUCUUCUUGCAUAUGUAUUGGACACCAAGGUAUCUGAGUCAAAGGUUCAGUCCGUACCAGUUGUAUGUGAGCUCUCUGAUGUGUUUCUAGAGCAAUUACCUGGGUUGCCACCGGAAAGGGAAGUUGAAUUCUCUAUAGAUCUUGUUCUUGGAACUACUCCGAUUUCUAUAGCACCACACAGGAUGGCUCUUACAAAAUUAAAAGAACUGAAAGCAUAG